UCUCAAAAACCUGUCCCGGAAAGCACCCUAACUAGACAAACUCAAUUUAGCGGCGACGCUGGCUGGAUUUUACAAUUCAAGAAACCAUUGAUUGAAGAUGGAGGAUGGAGGAGUUGUUCCAGAGUCGGUAACAGAGGCAGUAAAUAGAACUUCAACCAACUUCGAAGAAUUCCGAACUCAUUUCGUCGAUUUCUUGCCCCUUUGUGAGCCGAAUACUCUCUCCGAAUUGGACCCUCUUCAGCGUGCUCAAGCUCUGCUCUUGCUCGCCAAAGCCACCACCACACUCUUCACAUUGAAGCUGCGUUGCAAUGGUGUUGACCCAGAUGACCAUCCUCUCAGAUCGGAACUUGAGAGAUUGAACUUGUACCAGGAGAAGCUAGAUAGGUGCAUAAAUUUGAGCAAUGCUCCCCUGCGACCUUCAACUACUUUAAACUAUCAGGCAGCUACCCGUUUCAUUGAGCAUUCAUUGCCUGAACUAACUCCUGAGCAAAGGAAGAACAUGAGGGAGAUCAGUAGACGGGAAGGGGUAAAUCGUGGGAAUUCAGAGGGAAACGUCAAUAAGAGGAGGAAGUAUCUUUCAUCAGAUAAAACUUCUGUGAAGACUGCUGCCCAAGAGUUUCUCGAGAAAGCAGCUCGUGAGCUUCUUGGUGAUGAUAAAAGUUCCUUCAAAGGGCCUUUAAAGCCUCAAGAUACAGAUGAAGAUGACAUGUCUCUUAGCUGAUCCUUAGGAUACCAUGGCCAGUCUUUGGAGUACAUAUCCUGCAUGUUUGUUUUUGGUAAGAGGUAAGUUCUGCAUACAUUUACCCUCCUCAGACCCUACUUCAUAUGGGAUUUUCUGUGCUCGUUUAUACUGAAUGUUAUUUUGAACCCCUCUGUUUUUUCGUUAGGUUCACAUGAAUGUUAUAAGUAGGAUUUUGUAGUAUAAAAUUGGCAUAUUGCUGCUAAAUUUCAAAGGGUAAGUUUCCAAGUUGUAGUUGAUGUGGUUCUUGUUAUCAGUGGUGAUGAUUGAGG